UCAACAACUGAUCCUCGAUGAAAAGAAAACAAACGAAAAAUAUUUUGAUUACGAAGUUUAUUGUGUGCAUAGCAAUAAAAAUCGCGAAAAAAGCACUCCCAUUUUGAUUAUUCUGGGGAAAUGUUAUUGUGACGUUGUGCGAAGUAAAUAUUUGGUAAAUCAAACAACCCAUUCUUAACUACUUUGCCAGUUAUUAGAAUCUUCUGCUCCUCACGCAAGAGUGACGUGGAGAGAAGGAAGCAGCUGGAGAUUGCACCACAACUUAAGUGGCGUGACUUAUUUCGACCCCAUAAAAGAAGGUGUCAUCAUCCUACAACUAAGGAGCACCACGAAAUCGUCAAAUUACGCGGUAGCCAGACUUUCGAAUAAUGGACAACGAAAACGAAUUUGAAGAGAUUUUCAUUCAGCAUGGUGUAACUUUGAAAAAGGCCAGCGCAAGUUACAUUUCAGCUCUGAAUACGAUUGGGGUGCUGUUGUUCGGAAAAUAUAAGAAAGGAAAUGUCCACUACUUUGAAUGGAAGAUGUCAGAAACCUGCGAAAUCAUGGAUACCGACAGCCAGGACAGUGACUGGUCCUUAGUACACACAACAGAUUCUUCCAGCAAAUCCACAGAUGAGAACGCGAUUUCCGAUAGCGAUUCGCAGAAGAGCUCCAAAGUCACAAUCCGAGUUCUUUUUCGUGACAUCAAAGACAUAGAGUUUGGAAAAACCGAACUCCGAUUCUACAAUAAUGACUCGACCGUACACAGUCUUUAUUUGUUCAAUCACGGAUCACCUCACGCGUUCGUAGACUUCCUCGAGCGGAAGAGAUUUGUUCGUAGAAGCUCCCGGCGUAAGAACAUCUAUCACUGCUUGGAGGAAACCGAUAACGACAAGCUACAAAAAUCGUUCUCAGAGCUCAAUAUCGAAGACAUAACAAGUCGACCCCGCCCAACCUAUUCCUACAUGGACUUCAUGUCGAAAUUGGCCAGUAUGCCUCAUCAAAUCUUGCCCAUAAGCAAACAACCGGAUACAACAGCUCGGACUCGCACCACUCCUCCCCGGUCGGCGGGAGGAGAACCGAUUUGCAAUGGAUCCGCCACCAUGGAGGAGGGAACAACGGUUGAGCAUGGCAAGGAAACCGAAUGCCGAAAGUUGGCUCCGAGGCCGGACGUGCAUCGGGGUGAACCUUUGGAUGCCAAAAAAUGGGCCGAAUUUCGAGCAACUAAUGGGUCGAUUACGGAUGCUGAUCGAGUAAAGGAUAUUAUCUUCUAUGGGGGCAUCUCCAAUGACAUUCGAGCCGACGUUUGGAAGUAUCUACUCGGAUUGGAUAUUUGGGAUCACACCAGCGCCCAGCGCGAGGAAAGGCGAGGCAGCAAGACAGAGGAAUACUUCCUUAUGAAACUGCAAUGGCAAACCAUCAGUCCUAUACAGGAGCACAACUUCAAUGGGUACCGCGAGCGCAAGUGCCAGAUCGAAAAGGAUGUGAAGCGAACCGACAGAACGUACGCCUUCUUCGCCGGAGACGACAAUCCCAAUCUCAACAAACUACAGGAAAUUCUGAUGACCUACGUGAUGUACAACUUUGACUUGGGUUAUGUUCAGGGGAUGAGUGAUCUGCUGGCCCCGAUUUUGUGCCUCGUUCAGAACCAGGCGGACAGUUUUUGGUGUUUCGUCGGUUUUAUGCAGAAAGUUUUCAACAACUUUGAUAUUGAUCAAAAAGGCAUGAAGCAACAGCUUGAACAUCUUCGAACCUUGCUAGCUUUCGUCAACGAGAAGCUUUACAAAUAUCUUAAGGACAACCAAUCGGAGAACAUGUACUUUUGCUUCCGAUGGCUGCUGGUUUGGUUCAAACGAGAAUUUUCCAACUCCGACAUCAUGCUUCUGUGGGAAGUGCUUUGGACUGGGUUGCCGUGUCCGAAUUUCCAUCUCUUCGUUUGUGUAGCAAUCCUCGACCAGGAGAUGGAUGUCUUCAUAGACGGAAAAUUUACGUUCACCGAGAUUCUGAAGCACGUUAACGAACUGUCGGGAAAUUUGAAUGUGAUCGCCGUUCUCGAACAAGCCGAGAGUAUCUACUUGCAGGUGAAGAAAACUCUCGAAAUGUCCAAGGAACCGCACACAGAAUUGCGCAAGAUUAUCGGCGAAGAGAUAAGUCCAUCCGGAACGGCAAGUAUCGGCAGCGAUGAGGACGAUGAUAGCUGCAUGUCAAUUGUAAACGACAAAUCUUCGGAGGAUCAAGAAACGGCAAUGCGGAAAACGGACGAAGCUUGCGAAAUGUCGAUGAGUUAUGCAUUCUUUUAGGCUACAUAUAUUGGUGAAAUAGUUUGUUUAUAUAAACUGUCUAAGUUACUUCACUUUGGAUUUAAUUUAUGAAUGGAAAAGAAUUAAUUCUACUUGCCUAUGACGUACUUUUCCAAUGAUAUUAUGUAUAUUUCUUUUAAUAAACAUGUUUUAUAUAUCGGUUGUUAAUAA